AUGGCCCCAGCAUCCAGCGAUCCGGAACCAUCUGCGACUUUUGCCGGUGCAGAAUCCGAACGAGAACAUGGUGCAUUCAAAAAACAUCUUGACCGAACCCCGGCCCACCCUAUUCCCCAGCUUCAGGGCCCGUUUGAAGAAUCCAUGCUAGAGGCUCUCGAAGUCACUCGGAGUGAGUGGGUAGUGGAGCUAGAUGCUCAGUCCCGCCGCAAGGAUCUACUCGAAUCUGCCGAGUAUCACCCGUUUUGGAAGCUUAUCUCCCAAAUGACGUUCGGCGUUAGUCUCUUGACCAAACGAUUGGCCAAGUCAGAUGUAGAAGUUUUGAGAAUCCUUCAAGCUCAUGUUGACGAGAUGGAUGGGUUUUUGGGAAGAACGACGGAGGACUUUCUCCUAAUCCAGGUUGACGUGCGCACUCGGAUCCAGUAUCUUAGCCUCCCACUUGGGAAUCUUGAAGUCUUCGACGAGAUGCUGAAUGACCGCCAAUUCCGCCGUGCCAUGAUCGGCUAUAACGAAAUGAUCGAACAUGCCGUUGACCGCUUUGCACAAUCCGUCAGGGACACCCUCAAAGAUAUACAGAAAGGAAAGGCGGCAGUUAGCGCUCUCUGGCAAUACCUUGGAGGCUCCGCAAGACAGAAUGCUCCCCUAUCUAACAAUAUCACCGCUGUAUACAAUGCGAUGCUGGCGAACACGGAGGGGUGGAAUGCCGCUUUUUCCAAACUCCGCCGAAAAGGUGUUGCCCUCGAGUCCGCACUCUUGCAGCUUGGCCUGACCAUAACCGAAAUGCAACACCGCGUGGGCGUGGCAAGCAGGAAGGAAGUAUCCUUGAUGCGUUCUUCAAAUGCUUCUCCUGGAGGCAAACGGCUUCGAGAUCGUCUUUUCGAGAGAGGACUGUCCAUCAGAGUCUCGACGCCCUCGAUUCCAGAAAAGCCUCUGCCAUGUGACCCAGGGCUCCCGGUAACAACGAGCAUGCCGCCACUGCCCAGGCAAGCUGAACCUCACCGAAUGCUGCAGAAGAGUGUCCCAAAUCUACGGGCCUCCAAGUCAUCUGACAAUUGUUACCGAAAUAACCCCCUGCCAAGCCGGUCAAGAUCAAUGAACGGUUUUGUGAACACUGCAAAUUCCAUUAUUUCACUAUCCAACUUGCGACGCUCAAGCAGUCGAUUUUCAAAGGUCAAACCCACCUUGAGGGAAAGCCAAAACGAAGAUGACGGGGUAGCACCAAUGCGACCCUCCACAGCGCCCUCUAGAACACUCAGAGCGCGAAGUACGUCUGUCGAACAAUUGAAAGCUUUUUGUAAACCCAGAAAAGACCAGCAGCAACACGUGGCAAUGUUACCUGAGUCCAAAAGGCCCUCCACAGCGCAAGCGUCCACCAGAGGAGAGACAAUGAAAGAGCAACUCCUGCAGUAUUUCAAAGGAGAUCGAGUUAUGGAUGCAUGGGAGAGUCGGCCUCAACAAGAGAAGAUUGCGAGUCAGAAUUGCCAGACAAAGGGUGAUCUGUGGAGUAGAUUUCGUGAUAGGUCGUCGAAAAUCCCUGGCAACCCUGGCAACCGUGACGACCAACCGACGAACCUCCUCGACGAUGACUUGGGAACACAGAUGGCCUGGUUACAAGACGAAACGAAAUCAUUGAACACUUAUUCGUUGAAACCAAGGCGUGAUGUGGCUCCUCGAAUCCACGUCCUCUCGGACCCCAUAAGCUUAGCUCGUGGACUCGAGGAGGCUGGCGGUUCUAGGCAUCAAGACGAGAUUGAAUCCCCAGAAGGAGAUACGCAAUCGAUUAUUACAGCGCUUCCGUUGGUGCCACCUCCACUACCGCACCAGUCAGUAUCGCAUCAGAACUAG